GGAGGCGCAAGUUAGCAAGAAAUAACACGUAAGAGCCAGACUGGUGACUUGUCAGUUGUAAACAUGUGUUAUGUGGACUAUAAAAAGGCCAUUCCUCUCCCCCGUACUUGCCCGUAUUCCAAGAGUUUUGAAUCAAAGCACCAUUGUCCCCAGCUCCAAUCCCACCCCAGCCCAAAAUAAACAAACAAACAAAGCAGCAAUCCCGAGAGCAAGAGAAAGAGAGAGAUUCAAAACUUUUUCUCUCUUUCUCUGUCUCUCAACGUCGUCGUUUUUUCUGGCGGAGCCCCUGUUUCUUUUCUGGUUUAGCAUUCGGAGGUGGAAAAGAAUGGCGGGUUCGUACAUGUGGGGAUGGAUCUUGUGCUCCGUGAUGACGCUGGUUGCAUUGUACGGUUUAUUUUUGAAUAGACGGAAAGGGAACGGAAUCUCUGCCGCGAGGACUGAGUCCGUGAAGAGCGUCCCAGCGGUUAACGGGGAAUGCAGAUCCGCUGACGGCAUCGACGCUGAUGUCAUCAUCGUUGGAGCUGGCGUUGCUGGGUCCGCCCUCGCUCACACUCUUGGCAAGGAUGGGCGUCGAGUGCAUGUUAUUGAAAGAGACUUGACAGAGCCUGACCGUAUUGUUGGGGAAUUGCUACAACCAGGGGGCUAUCUCAAGUUAAUUGAGUUGGGACUUGAAGAUUGUGUGGAGGAAAUUGAUGCUCAGCAGGUAUUUGGUUAUGCUCUUUUCAAGGAUGGUAAGAAUACCAGACUUUCUUACCCCUUAGAAAAGUUCCACUCAGAUGUAUCUGGUAGGAGCUUUCACAAUGGACGUUUCAUACAGAGGAUGCGGGAGAAAUCAGCUUCUCUACCCAAUGUACGUUUAGAGCAAGGGACAGUUACUUCUCUACUUGAAGAAAAGGGGACAAUCAGAGGAGUGCAGUACAAAACUAAAGAUGGCAGGGAAUUGACAGCCUUUGCACCUCUGACCAUUGUUUGUGAUGGCUGUUUUUCGAACUUGCGUCGCUCCCUUUGCAACCCUAAGGUAGAUGUACCCUCUUGUUUUGUGGGAUUGGUCCUGGAGAAUUGCCAUCUUCCAUACUCAAAUCAUGGGCAUGUUAUACUAGCAGAUCCUUCCCCCAUUUUGUUCUAUCCUAUCAGCAGCACAGAGGUUCGCUGUCUGGUAGAUGUACCUGGUCAGAAGGUUCCUUCUAUUGCAAAUGGAGAGAUGGCAAACUAUCUGAAGACCAUCGUGGCGCCUCAGGUCCCCCCUGAAAUCUACAAUUCAUUUGUAGCAGCUGUUGAAAAGGGAAAUAUUAGGACAAUGCCAAACAGGAGCAUGCCAGCUUCUCCUUAUCCCACACCUGGAGCCCUAUUGAUGGGAGAUGCAUUCAACAUGCGCCAUCCGUUAACUGGUGGGGGGAUGACUGUGGCUUUAUCUGAUAUUGUUGUCCUCCGUGAUCUACUAAGGCCACUGCGAGACCUCCAUGAUGCACCUACCCUCUGCAAAUAUCUUGAAUCAUUUUACACCUUGCGUAAGCCUGUGGCAUCUACUAUUAAUACCUUGGCAGGUGCCUUGUAUAAGGUGUUCUGUGCUUCACCGGAUCAAGCAAGGAAAGAAAUGCGUCAAGCUUGCUUUGAUUAUCUAAGCCUUGGUGGUGUAUUCUCAACAGGACCCAUCUCUUUGCUCUCUGGUUUGAACCCUUGCCCCUUGAGCUUGGUUCUUCACUUUUUUGCUGUGGCAGUAUAUGGUGUUGGUCGUUUACUAUUGCCGUUCCCUUCACCUAAGCGAAUCUGGAUUGGAGCUAGAUUGAUCUCGGGAGCAUCAGGAAUCAUCUUCCCUAUUAUCAAGGCAGAAGGAGUCAGGCAAAUGUUUUUCCCCGCGACUGUUCCUGCAUAUUACAGAGCCCCUGAUAAGAAGACGUGGAAAGAUAGGAAGAAUUUUUAGCUUUCGCCAUGACAAACUAUCUUGUAUUUUCAUUUGUCUUCCCCAUUUUAGUAGUAGUGGGGAAAGCAAAUGCUCAAGUAAGGACAACAUUCUUUAGGCUUGUCUAUAAGUUUAACUUUUUCCACUAUUUCCUAAAAAGGAAAAAUCUGAGAUCAAAGUAUAUAAUCUUCUAAAAUGAAUCUUGGCUGGGGAAAACUCUGUUUUAAUCUUGGUUGGCAGUAUCGAUAUUUGCAUUUUCUUUUAAACAAGACUCAAUCAUGAAUCGAACAUUGAAGGGUUCUUUCAUGGUUGGGAGAAGAGAAAUUUGAAUUGCAAAGCCUCUUUUCAGCCACCCAUUCUUCGUCGUCUUUCUUAUGUACUCCAUUGAAACAGGUUUUUUAAUAUUUAAAUUCAUCGGAUAACUAUUGG